CGCUUUACUCUUGGAUUUGGACUUAAAAAGCGCCCGGCUUUCGGCCACUACUCAGAUGCACAUCAGAUACGGUCUAACGCAGAACGGGCAACGAACAAGCGCGAAAAUAAUUUAAGAUUUUUCUAUAAAAAAUUAAAAUUUUCCUACAACAAGUUUUAAAAAAUARAUUUGUUUCAAGUAGUAUUAAAAAUAUUUGAUUGAGCCACACUAGAAUUUGAAAGGAAUUUAUUGGUAGUAUUUAAUAUGAGUGUUAAGUGCAGUGUUGUUUGGUUUUCGAUGGCACUGCUGUGCUUGACGAAUGCCUUUCCGGAUGGUGCRCCCGCCGACACUUGCGUCAAACAACGUGCGAAUCAACCGAAUCACGGCAAAGCGCGCACACAACCCGGACAAACGAUUCCGUACGAAGUUGUCGCCGAUUCGGAAACGUUUCAUCCUGGACAACCAAUUUCAGUUUCGAUUUACCCCAUCGAUCAAAAGUCCACCUUCCGCGGAUUCUUUCUACAGGCGCGCGAUGCCAACUCCAACGAAUGGAUUGGUGAAUGGAUACAAAGUGAGAAUACCAAAACUAUACCAGAAUGUUCAGCCAUAACGCAUUCGGACAAUCGCGACAAGUUGGGUGCGAAACUGUUUUGGAAGGCGCCACAAAACAAACGGGGCCGUGUUUACUUUACUGGCACAGUACUGAARGAGUAUUCAAUAUUUUGGAGCGACAUCGUAGCAAAAGUACAAGCUACGCAGUGAGAGUAUCAUGUAACGAAAGCUUUAAUGCUUCCAUCUGCUUUUGUGGCGUCGGGAAAUAAMAUUUUAGAGCAAAUGAAGUUAACAAAAAUUCGUUUUGUAACUACAUUUUUAAGACACCUUGACAAAUAAAUUCGAUUGAAAAU